AAAUUUCGCCAUCGAAAAAAUUUUUUUUUUGUACAAGAGAAUUGUUUUUUUUAUUGCAACUUAGCCAUGAUAAACAAUUAGCCUUACUAUCCUUAUCAAGUGAUUGCAUAGCCGAUUUAUCACUUGAGAAAUAUAUAUAUAUAUAUAUAAAGCGCCUAAUAAUGCUUUUUGAUUUUUCUUUCGAAAUUUUAUUUUCGCGUAAUCUAAUUUUACCAUGUGUAGAUUUUUACUCUAUAAAGGAAAAGAUUCAAUUCAACUAGCGCAUUUACUUACUCGGCCGGCCCAUUCGAUAAUAAAUCAAUCAUUUGAUUGUAGACUUAGAAUAGAUACAAGACGCCCAAUUAAUGGGGAUGGAUUUGGUGUAGGAUGGUACGAAUCAAAUCCAGGUCCUGAUAAUACACCAUGUAUAUUUGCAUCAGUAACGCCGGCGUGGAAUAAUCAAAAUUUGGCAAGACUUGCAGAGAAAAUAAGGAGUCCUUUAGUGUUUGCUCAUGUAAGAGCUUCAACUUCUGGGACCUUAUCCGAAAAUAAUUGUCAUCCAUGGAAAUAUAAUAGAUUAAUGUGGAUGCAUAAUGGACAUAUACAAGAUUUUAAUAAGAUUAAAAGAAAGUUACAGCAAUCAUUAAGAGAUGAAAUAUUUUUAUUUGUACAAGGAAAUACGGAUUCUGAGUGGGCAUUUGCGUUGUUUCUUAAUCAGUUGAGAGAUCCACAAGCUGAAAGGUUUGAUCAUGAAACGCUGAAGAAAGCGAUGUUAAAAACCAUUGAACAGUUAAAUAUAUGGGCUGAAGAAGCUGGAAUUACAGAGCCAUCACUACUUAAUUUUGCAGUCACAGACGGAUGUUCUGUCGUAUGUACUAGAUAUAUUAAUAGUAAGACUGAAGAGGCGGCUUCCUUAUAUUUUUCAUCAGGAACGAAUUUUAAAGAAUACAAACCUGGACAUUAUAGAAUGAUCAAAGCAGAUAAACGCGAAGAUAUUGUAUUAGUUGCGUCAGAACCUCUAACAUUUGAAAAAGCGGAUUGGUUAAUAAUACCAACAAAUACAUGUUUUGUGAUAACACCAAAAUUUAAUGUAUUAUUAUUUCCUAUAAAAGAUCAAUAUUAUAAUAUUGAUCGGAUGAAGAAAAGACAAAGUAUCGUACCACCCGCCGUACUGUAAUUGCGUAAGCGUAUUUUUUGAAAAAGAUUAGAAAUUUUAUUGAACUUUAAUUAAUAACUUAGAGGCGAGACCUUCAAUAAUAUUCAAUUCAUGAAUUUUUUAGAAAAAAAAAAUGAAUGGCAUAAUAUUAUAACGAUGAUACUAUAAUUCAAUAUGAAAAUGAACAAUAUACAAACAUUAAAAGAAUAUUUUUUAUAAACUUAAUAAACGCUAUAAUUAAUUAUAAUUAAUUAUAUAAAUUCGUUGUUAAUUUAACAUCAUCGGAAU